AGAUCGAUGUUCACGAUGCAGUGUUUGUUAAUUAAAAAGAUGCUGUAUUCAUUUGCAGAUGGCUAUUUGCAGGGCAGGAGAAGGAGCGCACUGGUCGUCCCAUUUUGUUGGUCGUGUAAAACAAGCAGAAGUUGCCUUCGCCUCUCUAUCUGACUUAUCUGUGGGUCUUAUCUCUGGUGCCUUUGGUGGCCCCCUGCGGUGAACUAGGCACACCCACUCUGAACCCCCCCCGACACCCCCCCUCCACCCCCACCCCAAGCCCACUGGGGGGUGUGUAGCAACCUUUGAAACAUGAAGACAUGCGCCAUGCUUCUAGCAGCUCUGCUGCUCCCCAGCAUCCAUGCAGUGUGUCCAGAUAAGGAGCCAGGCCUGCAGCCAUGGAUGCCAGGACACAGCGAAGACCACCGUGUUACAAUCGGUUAUGGCAGAAAGGUCCUCCUCACAACUUCAGCUACGGUCCACUCCAUUGAGAUUCUCAACGGAGGAAAGCUGGUGAUUGCUGACACCAACCGGCCCAUAUUGCUUCGAAUGAAACACAUUCUGAUUGGGAACAAUGGGGAGCUGCACAUCGGAAGCUCAGAUUGUCCUUAUAAAGGCAACCUCACCAUCUCCCUGUUUGGAAGAUUGGAUGAUGGUGAUCAGGAACAUAGCUACUUUGGAAGGAAGUAUAUUGGUGUGGGGACAGGAGGGACGCUAGAAAUCCAUGGGGAAAAGAAGCUGUCAUGGACGUUCCUCAACAAGACUUUAAACCCUGGAGAGAGCAACCAAAACAACUACCUGUUCCAGAGAAGCUGGGGGAACCGAGGCAUCAUUAUCCACAUCAUUGACCCCAAGACUGGAGAGGUGCUGCACGAUGACAGGUUUGACACAUACCGAAGUAAGGAUGAGAGUCGUCGCCUUGCAAAGUAUGUGGAUGGUGUGGAGGCGGGGCUCAUACUGGCCAUGGUGGUCAAUGAUGAGGGCUCCAACAACUUGGAGGAUUCAGCCAAGAGGAGCAUCUCCAGGCUAGGCAGCCAGCACAUCAGCAAUCUGGGCUUUCGGCAUCCGUGGACUUUUAUAGCGACAAAAGGUGACAUUUCAUCUGUUGUGGAGGAUCACGCUGUCUAUCAAGGGACCAAGGCCUCCUCAGAGGCCCUGAGCUCUCGUGUUUUUCAGUCAAGAUAUGGGGAACAUUUCACAAUCACCACCAGCAGCCAGUGGGUACAAGAGGCAGAGUGGACAGAGUGGUUUGACAGGGAUGAUGAGAGGGGAUCUGGAGACUGGGAGAAACUGUCUGAUCUGCACGAAGCCUAUCCAGACCGAUUGUGUAGCAGUCCACUGGACAUCCAGGCUGAAACCCAUGAUGGCAUACCAUCCAACCAAACAGGAGAUGUGAUCCAUAAAAAUGACAAGGACUACGGCUUUGUCUGUCUUAACAAGGACCAGACUCAUGGCCUCUGUCGCAACUACAGAGUCCGCUUUCUUUGUGGAAAACUGGUUCGUCCACAGGCCUGCAUUACCAUCGACAUGUUGUCCAACAGUAGCAUCCUAGAGCUGGCUGACCAGCCAGAGGGCUGGGGUUCCGGCGAUCGGGUGGUGGUGGCCAGUACAGACUACUCCAUGCACCAGGCUGAAGAGUUCACCCUGUUGCCCUGCCCUGCCUGCACACCGAACCAGGUCAAGGUUCAAGGUAAGCCCCAAUUCAUCCACAUGGGUGAAGAAGUGGAUGGGGUGGAUAUGAGGGCGGAGGUGGGCCUACUGACUCGCAACAUCCUACUUCGUGGUGAGAUGGAGCCCGGUUGCCAUGGCAAUGAGAUCUGCAAAUUCUUCGACUUCGACACUUUUGGAGGACAUCUGAAGGUGGAGCGGGGCUUCAAGGCAGUUCAUAUUUCUGGAGUGGAGUUGCAGCACAUGGGCCAACAGACAAUGGGACACUAUCCGAUCCAUUUCCAUAUGAAUGGAGAUGUGGAUGAGAGGGGAGGCUACGACCCCCCGACCUCCGUCAGUGAUCUGUCCAUCCACCACUCCUUCUCCCGUUGCUUAACCAUCCAUGGUUCCAACGGACUGCUGGUAAAGGAUGUGGUGGGCUAUGACACACUAGGCCACUGUUUCUUCACAGAAGAUGGGCCAGAAGAGAGGAAUACCUUUGACCACUGUUUGGGUCUAAUGGUGCGAGCCGGGACCCUGCUGCCUUCAGACAGGGACAGCAAAAUGUGCCGUGACAUCACUGAAGGAGCUUUCCCAGGAUAUGUGGCCAACCCACGCCAAGACUGCAGCGCGACUUCAACUUUCUGGAUCGCCAACCCCAAUAACAACCUCAUCAACUGUGCUGCUGCAGGCUCAGAGGAAACAGGGUUCUGGUUUAUCUUCCACCAUGUCCCCACUGGCCCUUCAGAAGGGAUGUACUCCCCAGGACGCACGGAACACACACCUAUGGGCCAGUUCACCAACAACAGAGCCCAUUCCAACUACAGGGCCGGAAUGAUUCUUGAUAAUGGUGUAAAGACCACCAUGGCAAACGACAAGGACAAAAGACCCUUCCUGUCUCUGGUUGGCGCCAGAUACGGUCCCCACCAGGAUGCUGACCCCUUCAAACCUAGAGUUCCUGCUCUAAUCCACCACUUUGUAGCCUAUAAGAACCAAGACCAUGGAGCCUGGCUGAGAGGAGGGGAUGUCUGGCUGGAUGAUUGCCAAUUUGCUGAUAAUGGCAUAGGCCUCACUCUGGCAAGCGGAGGAACGUUUCCAGAUGAUGACGGCUCUCAUCAGCAGGUGAAAAACUCGCUGUUUGUGGGUGAAAGUGACAAUCGUGGGAUGCCCUUGCCUGACAACCGUAUCUGGGGCCUCGGGGGCUCUGACCUCAAUGGCAGAACCCUGCCACGUGGCAUUGAUUUUCCUAUAAGGGGUAUGCAGAUCUAUGAUGGGCCCAUCAACAUGCAGAACUGCACAUUUCGGAAGUACACAGCCCUAGAUGGACGGCACACCAGUGCCUUUGGCUUCAGGCUCAACAACUCGUGGCAGAGCUGCCCCAACAAUAACGUCACUGGCAUCACUUUUGACCACGUACCCAUCACGUCUCGGGUGUUUUUUGGGGAGCCGGGUCCCUGGUUUAAUAACAUGCAGAUGGACGGGGACAAAACAACCAUCUUCCAUGAUAUUGAUGGUUCAGUCAGUGAGUAUCCUGGAGCCUUUCUGGUCAAAGAGGACAACUGGCUGCUCCGUCACCAUGACUGCAUCGACGUGCCUGACUGGAGGGCUGCCAUCUGUAGUGGCCGCUAUGCACAGAUCUAUGUCCAGACACGUAACCCCGCCAACCUGAACAUGCACAUAGUGAGGGAUGAGUACCCUGAUCGGCCCUUGACACUAGAGGGUGCUCUGGGUAAGAGGAAACACUACCAGCAGUUUCAGCCAGUGAUCACACUAACCAAAGGCUACACCAUCCACUGGGACCAGGCGGCGCCUGCAGAGGUCACCAUCUGGCUCAUCAACUUCAGCAAAAAUGACUGGAUCAACGUGGGGCUCUGCUACCCACAAGGCACCGACUUCACUGUGAUCUCCGACAUUCACAACCGCCUGACCAAACAGACCCGCAAGACCGGUGUCUUCAUGAGGACAACACAGAGGGAGAAGAUAAACCACUCCCACCUGGCCAGAGGAUACUACUACUGGGAGGAAGACACUGGACUGCUUUUCCUGAAGGUGAAGGCUCAUAACGACAGGGAGCAGUUUGCCUUCUGCUCUGUCAAAGGUUGUGAGAGGGUGAAGAUCACAGCCGUCAUUCCUAAAGGCAGUCCACGCAGCGACUGCAGGGCCCAGGCCUACCCCAAACACGCUGAGGUGCCCGUUGUGGAUGUACCGAUGCCCCGAAUGAUACCCAACGGCAGACUGCACUCACAAGAACACUUCCUGGAGGUCAAACUGGAGUCCUACAACACUCGCUUCUUCCACAUCAAGGAGGACUUUGCCUUUACUGAGGUCAAUGGCAGGAAGUUGUACCAGCGAGAAGAUGGGGUGCAGCUGACGGUAAUUAAUGGACAUGAUGGGAAAACAGUGGAGAGUAAAGACUUCAGGAACUCCAUCUUGCAGGGCAUACCUGCACAGAUAGACAACUACGUCAAUGGACUGAGGGACGGUUCCAUUGUCCUUAUUACAUCUAAAGGCCGUCUGGUUACCAGAGGACCCUGGACUAAAGUCCUGGAGAGACUUGGAGCAGACAAAAGCAUAAAACUGAAAGAUAAGCUGGCAUUUGUGGGUUUCAAGGGCUCCUUCCAUCCUGACUGGGUCCGUAUGGAGGUGGACACCAACCGAGCCAAGAUCCAUCAGGUCCUGCCUGUCCCUGUGGUCCACAAGAUGAAGCUAUGAGUGGCAGGCAGAAGGGGGGGGACAACAGCCAAGAGACUAUUUAGCCUCUGGAGACUGACUAAAAUACACUCUUCCUCCAAAAAAAAAAAAAAGAAAAAGAAAAAAGAGAAAAAAAACAUGUACAGGCACACACUUAUACAUACACAUGCACACUGCCAGCACUACAGAGUCAGUGCUCCAAGCUCCAAGUGCUUUUAGGUUUGGUGGUGAGAAAAUGAUGCGAUUUAGUGUGUUGAAAAAGUGGAGACCCUCUCCCAGGGCUAGCACUGCCCAUGAUCAUCAUGGGCAUCUCAUCAGUGCAGGGCUUUAACAUGACAAUACUUCCUCUGGCGGCCAUUUUGGAGGUCCUCUGAGUUGUGUUUGCAGAAAUGGCUCCACAGACAUGAACAGACCUGGCUGAUAUUGGUUCAGUUCCUGAGUUAACACUGUCCUUGUGUCACUUCCACCACUGCUAUGUUUACAUAGUGUUAGCCAAUUGUUGGAUUUGUUCAGCAACCCAACACAUCGGGUGUUAACAUUAACACUACUUGGUAGGCUUGUUAGCUCCCUGACAAAAAACAAAACAUUAACCCACUCUUCUCAAGCUACACCUAGCAUAAUAAAGGGGGGUAAAUACAGUUCAACCUUUAAUAGUUUGUACUCGGUCUGUCCUCUGAAGGACUUGACUAUUGGUUUACUUAUACAGCAAAAUACUGAUACACUUUGGAGUCAGAUGACAGUGUUGAACAGUGCUGUCUGAGGUGGUUGCAAACUGUUUCACUUGGUAUCACUACCAGCUAUGAACAUCUACUGAAACUUAAAAUCUAAGUGUCCUCUGACUACAACUAAAGGCAAAAGUGUAGCCAUUCUGAAAGGCUCCACUCAUAGUUAAGGAAAAAGAUGUUGUCAUGAACAGGAUCAUGGUUUAAUAAUUUUCACUACUACACAUCAAAAUAUAGUAGUUGGUGAAAUAGUAUAGGUCAAAACUGAACCUGCUUCCUCACCUCCACACACCAGGUCAAUCAAUGUAGCAACCCAAUACAUCCAGACCUAAUGAUUGAUUAAAAAUGUUCUUCAAUUUAUACUUGAACUUAGUCUUAAGAUAAUUUCCUAGUUGUUCUUAUGUUCAAUUCAUGAAAGAUACUGAGCAUAUAAAAGAAUAAAAGAAUCCCAUUUGUAACUUUUAAUCCUCUGAUCUAUAAAUCUCAAGUCACUUUAAACUGACGGUGCCAGCCAUGGUUGGUUGGUGAUGUCUGGACACACAAAACCGAUCUGAUCAGUGUGGUCAGUCUGUCUUAAACAUCCGACUUGACAUACAAAUAUGAUUUGCUGAAGAAGUCUAAACAAAACCUAAGAGUUCUGGUUCACCAGCAAAAUGCUGAUGAGACCAAAUGACUAAAUAAGCGCCUGCGUCCCGGGGCCCAUGAGUCCCGUAAUUCAUUCAUGGUCAUAGUGAAAAAAUUCAUUUUCCCUCCAACAACCUGUUUUUCAAAAUGUGAAACUUAAUGCUUUAGGAUAAAAAGAGUAGCUGCUUGAGUGAGACUCUCCUUUUCAAGUAUAUUCAGUCCAGUUUGCUUCAGACCAAAGUUCAUUUUACAGCUUCCCCACCAGUUUAAACAAACUAAAUUCUGUUGGAACCAUUACUCUCCUCUAAUUGUUAAGUUUUUCAUACUUCACUCUGCACUGGCAUGGAACACUGAAAUAAACAUAAAGUUGUAUUACGCAGAGCAGUGUUUGGUUGUAGUUGGUAGGAGACUUAGACCUUAGAUUAUUCACUGUAAUGUUGAUCAUGUUUUUCCAGCCAGGUUUUUUUGUUUUUUCUAAAACUACAGGCCAAUUCUCCAGUGGACCUCCAUGAUGUCAGCCAUGGUUGCUUGUCAAUGUAUGAUGCAAAGGCACAGCUAUUAUAUAAGCAGAGGGAGCAAAUAGGGCCAGCCAAUCAAACGCAUGCAUAAUGUAUGUUUAUGAUCCUUCCCAUGCAGGCCUCUGUGAUGUGUGACAGAUGUAAAAGUUGAGUGCUUUUAUGUCCUGCUGUGUUUGACUAAAUUGUUUAAAGAGAGAAUUGAGAAGAAGAAAAAAUCUGAAACAUUCCUUCUUUUGCAUUAAGACCUGUGGUUGUUAACUUGCUCUGUUUCAGUCUGAGCAUUCGCUCGUUUGAUAUUGUGAUGUUUUACUCUCAUGUAUUUUUUUUCUUAACAGCAUUUGUGACCCAUUUGUCAGUGUUUUUGGAGUGAACCAGCAAGAAGGCCACACAAUAUAAAAGAUCAAAUUAAAUUUCCGUGGAAUGUUAAAUCAGGGACUUUACAAAUGUGCAGAUUCCCCAUUUCAAAAUGAUGCCAAAAUCUUUGUUACAAUUGGGAAAACAAAAAGGAUUCCUCCUUCCUUUGCCGAAAUAGCUGGUCUUUUUUCGGAGGUUGUAGCAGUAAUUUAGUGUUUUGUAUGUUUAAUGUGUUUCUAUAAAUCCACAGAUUGCUAAGAGAUAUAUUUUAUACUUAUUUAUUGUACAGACACAGUUUAUCAAAAUCUACAAGGUACAUCUGUGAGUUGUAAUGUUACUGUCCUGUAUGUAUACUGUAUGUAAGAACCAUAAUAGUUCCAUUUAAAAGAUUUGUAUCAGACACCUAAUGCAUUCAUGCAUACGACUCUUGGUAUAGUUGGCUCGUUUUAACUGUACAUUAAAUGGAUUUGUUGUAUAUGUGGCUUGGGCUUGUAAAGAAUUGAAGCUCCAUGACUCUGAAUUUCUUUGAGGACUUUUGUACAGAAAUAAAUGAUGCUAAACAGUU